UCCGAAAUUCCAAAAUCAAAUAUUACCGUUACACGCCACCUUCACCCACCACACCGCCGCCGUGGUUUUCCCCGUUCUGGUAUUACCUUCGUCGUUCCCAACCAAACUCAGAAAACACACACACACACACACACACACACACACACACACACACACACACACACACACACACACACACACACACACACACACACACACACACACACACACACACACACACACACACACACGAUUAAUGGAAGAUUCUCAAAUUCGUAGCAGUAUAAAUCGAACGCAAUUCAGAAAUCCAAUUUCCAUGUCAAUAAUACCAUUUCUACUGCGCCACUCAACGUUUCUCCGAUUCCUUUUUCACCACCGCCGCCGCCACCGUCAAUGGCGCCACCAAAUCCUACUCCGCCUCCCUCAGACUCCGCCGCGAGUAACUCUGACAAUUCAAACACCUCCUCCUCCUCCUCUAUUGCCGCCGCCGCUUUCUCUUCCAAAAUGCUGAAGUGUCUCUGGAUCCCCAAACUCAAAUUCAAAUGCAAAUUCAAAUUCAGUCCAGUCAUCGGAAUCCUCAGCCACCCAGGGGACGGGAAUUCCGGCAAAUUCAACAACGCCCCCAGCGCCUCGUACAUCGCCGCCUCUUAUGUGAAGUUUGUUGAGUCCGCCGGUGCUAGGGUUAUCCCCCUCAUCUACAACGAACCCUCGGAGCUUCGUAAAGAGAAACUCAAUUUGGUCAAUGGAGUGAUCUUUACUGGAGGGCGGUCCAAAAAAACUUCCUACUUUGACGUUGUUGAGUCGAUAUUUGAGUAUGUUCUGAGAAAGAAUAAUGCUGGAAAUCAUUUCCCGUUGCUUGCCAUCUGCUUAGGUUUUGAACUAUUAGCCAUGGUCGUCAGUGAGAACAAAAACAUCCUGGAGAAAUUCGAUGCAAAAAAUCAAGCCUCUACAUUGAAAUUUACGAAAAACAUAAAUCUGAAUGGAACUUUAUUUCAAAGUUUCCCUCCAGAUUUGCUCGAGAAGCUAAGUACAAAAUGUCUGGCUAAGCAAAAUCAUAGCUAUGGGAUAUCACCCGAGAAGUUCCGGAAGACCAAAAGUCUACGUCGUUUCUUCAAGAUAUUAACAACUAGUGCAGACAAAAAGAACAAGGACUACGUUUCGACGGUUCAAGCACACAAAUAUCCAGUGACUGCUGUACAGUGGCAUCCAGAGAAAAUUGCUUAUGAUUCGGGCUUAUCAGUUCAAGUCAGUAAACAAGUUGCCAACUUUUUUGUGAGGGAGGCUCGGAUGUCGAAGAACAGGCCAUCUUCCCGGAAAGUGCAGGCCAAUCUCAUUCGUAAUUGUCGUCACACAAUUCGUGGAAACGCUGGGAAGGAGGUUUACAUUUUCAGCUAAGAUUUCCGGCAAUUCGCACGAGAUGUAGAUAUCAUCGACGAAUAAGAAAUAUAAAAGGUGUAAAAUAAAACGUGUGAGAUAAAUGUGUUUUAACACACCAUCAAAAAGUGUCGAUAAUAAUUUAUAUUUUGUGAACCAGAAACUUUGAUUUAUAGUAGUUGCUGCAGCACUUCUAAUAACUUCUAUCUGUGUGCUUUGUAAAUCAAUAUGAAUGUUAACAGUUUUAAAAAGUGAGUUUCUAAUUA